GGGGCAUUAACAAUCCCUUGGCUCUAGUACCGUCUCGUCUGGGGAGAAGAACGCAUAUAGUACAAGUUUCAUUGAGGCGAUCCUCCCACUGAAUCCCUCCUUCUUGUUCGCCUCCUUGUUCGAAUUCGUAAUUCCCAAAGGGAGUGUUUUCCAGAAAGAUAAUUCCGAUCAAACAGCUAGCGUGUGGAUUUGAUCCCAAAGAAGUACUUUUUUUUUGUUACUUGGCAAUUAUUGGAACUCGUUGGGGAGCACUCAGUAAGAAUGGCGGAUUUCCAGAUAUCAACACAACGAGCCAAGUGGAUCUUCACUCCCCAGAAACUGGAUUCGAUGGUUAAUCAGAAGACGGUUUUGGCUGUGACGGAUGAUGUUGUGUUGCCUGUUAGCUCUGUUCUAACUGUUAUGGAACAGCUUGGAAAGGAGCGUUUUGAUCCUUUCAUUAUUACUCAAGCAUCCACAAUAAAUCAGUUUCCUUUGGAUUCUUCCUCAGUGGACGCUGUUUUAGCCAUUUCCAAAAUAUCUGAUUUUCCCAGUGACAAAAUAUGUGGUGAGUUCUCGAGAAUCUUGAAGCCUGGUGGCACGGUUUUUGUGUGCAAGACUUUGGAGGGUCAAGUGGAAGAUAUGCAACAGACCAUUCAAAGGAGAGUGACAUUGGCUGGUUUUCUGGAGCCACAGUGUCUUGAUUUGAAAUCAAUCAAGUUUUCUACGUUCAGUUUAUCCUUUGGGAUUAAGGCAAAGAAACCUUCUUGGAAGAUUGGUUCAUCAUUUGCUCUCAAGAAGCCUGCAAAGAUUCUCUUCAAGGUUAAUCUAGAUGAUGACUUGGAUCUUAUUGAUGAAGAUUCUCUUUUAACAGAGGAGGACUUGAAGAAGCCACAGCUUCCUGUUGCCAGCGGUUGUGCGACCACCAAAAAAGCUUGCAAGAACUGCGUCUGUGGUAGAGCUGAGAUUGAGGAGAAAGCUGUGAAGCUGGGCCUCACAGAGGAUCAAAUCGAGAAUCCACAAUCAUCAUGUGGCAGUUGUGGGCUUGGUGAUGCCUUCCGCUGCGGUACAUGCCCUUACAAGGGUCUGCCAGCCUUCAAAUUAGGCGAGAAGGUAACCCUAUCUCGAAACUUCCUUGAAGCGGACAUAUAAGCAUGUGAAAGGUGUUUCUCCAUACCGAGGCCAAAACCGUUUGCUAAUCGCAGAGUAGUUUCAUUAUUUACUUUGUGCCCUUUCGUAUAAUUUGGUUGUUGCUACUUCUUUUAUUUUGUGGCUUUAAAGGCUUAUAGAAAAUUGUUGGUGUUGCCCAUAAAGCACAAACCUUGGUACUAAUGAAGAACAGUUUUGCAAUUGGUUAAAUAAUUAUUUGUGUUUUUA